AUGUUCAUGAAGAGCGACAGCGACUGUCAUUCGUAUCGUUAUUAUUAUGUGGCAUUUGCCAUCUUUCAGUGUUUUCUGGGUGCAGGAGUUAUCUUUGGCUGGACGUCACUGGUGCCAAUGCUAGAGAAGGAGCGGAUAUACCAUGAGUUUUGCAAGACAGAGGAGACAAUCUGCACAGAACAGAAUGAUCAACUUCAGUAUGCAUUUACAAUGGCGGUCUCCAGUAGUAUGUGGUCCAAUCUAUUUCUCGGUCUUGUAUUCGACAAGUUUGGACCCCGUGUGACGAAGUCAGUUUCGUUGGUCGCGUUGAUUACUGGGGCUUUGUGUAUGGGAAAUGCACACUACAGGGUCAAUGCUGAAGGACACGAUCUGGUGCUUUACGGAAUGGUGUUGGUGGGAUUCUCAGGACCGGGUAUCCAGCUCUCUGCCAUUCACAUGGCCAAUCUAUUCCCCGAAGCAACGGCACUAGUUGCGUGUUUCAUCGUUGGAGGUCUUCAGUUAAGUUUCCUGAUAUUCACGCUGUUCAACCUUGCUUACAUGCACCUCCAAUUGUCGAUGGCCACGGUAUUCGAGAUGUACGCGGGUGCAUUGUUCCUCUCGCUCAUCGGCACACUACUCACGGAACCGGAUAUUCCAUUUGAUAUCGUACCCAGUGAAGAGCAUGAGUUGCUCUCUCCCAUGCGUUUACCGUCCGUAUUCAAGGAGGAAGAAGUGUCGCUACUGCUGUCUACACCAGAGCUUCAUCAGUACCGCAAAAGCCACUCUUUACCGACUGAUGGAAUUUUCUUCGAUGGAGACCUGCACAACCGCUCCUUCAGGACGCAGGUGCUAUCGAAGCCAUUCCUGCUCAUUGUAUUGUACUUCUCCAUCCUGUCACUAUGGUGCAACUUCUUUCUGGGCAGCAUUACAGGCUUGUUGCGGUGGAAAGGUCUUCCAGAGACCGAGGUGGUCGAUUUGCUAGGAAAACUGGCCUUUAUCUUGCCUGGAAGUAUCAUUUUCAUCCCACUUGUAGGGUACCUGCUGGAAAAGUGCGGAUACACAUACUCCUCGCUAUUGUGUACAAUAGCAGCAUUGUGCUUCACAGUCAUGCUAAGCAGCAUGUCGACCGUGUGGAUUGUCGCUGGUUUUAUCACGUACGCUUUUUUUCGGACCAUCAUGUUUCCGCUCUUGUUCGCGUACUUGGGACAUCGUUUUGGUUUCCAGCACUAUGGGGCACUAUCGGGUAUUGCAUUUGGCAUUGGUGGCAUUAUGGGGCUUUUACAGACACCAAUUGCAGCUAUUGGAGACUUUCAAAUCAUUGGUUAUAUCCAGUUUGGGUCAAUCUUGUUAACCCUUGUGGUACCCUAUUUCGAACGGUACUUUGAGGAAAAGGUUUAG